AUGUUUAUGGAUAUUGCAAAAAAUCCUUAUGAUGCAUCACAAGGUCCAGCUAAUGUUGAAGUUGGUAAACAAACAGAAAAUUCAGUUACAUUAAAAUGGAAUAAACCUAAAAAUGAUGGUGGCUCAAAAAUAGCUGCGUAUCAAGUUGAAAUACGUAAACCAGUUAGUGAUAUAUGGGAAAUUGCAGAUGAUUAUUCAGUUAAAGGAAUUGAGUUUACAGUUGAUAAUCUCUCAACAAGAAAAUCAUAUGAAUUUCGAGUUAAAGCAAAAAAUGCUGCUGGUUGCGGAGAAUAUACUAAACUUGUGUUACAUAGUCAUAUCUUUUAUUUUCAUAUAGUUCUUUCUGUUCACUUGUAUAUAUAUAUAUAUAUCUUUCUCUCUCGUAUAUCUCUUUCUUUCUCCUCCGUUCAUAUCUUGUUUCUCUUUCGUACAUCGGGUACUUGUGUGACCUUUCUGGACCUCGAUCCAUUGUCUGUCUUUCUUAUGAACUUAAUAAAGACAAGAAACUUCUUGACGAAUUCUUCUCUUUAUUCAUUUC